AAACAGUUAUUUUUCAAUGUUCGCGCAGUAUCACCGGAAGUAUACUUUGGUUCGUUUGCCGCCAAACUGUCUUGUGUGAUGCGACUGCUGCGAUGAAGUUGUUUACUUGUCGGCUUUCGGACGUAUAUACAACGGCUGUAGCGUAGAUAAUCAUAAACGUGCGCGUUACACGUUUUAUCACAUUGUACCACGAAUCGUCUCUGCGUUCUCAUUAAGACUAAUUUGUCAUUUUAACUUCUCAAUUUGUGAAGUAUAUCAUGGCUAAAGUUCAACUGGCUAACGUCGCUGUUUUAGACAAUCCUUCCCCGUUUCUGAAUCCGUUCCAGUUUGAAGUCACUUUCGAGUGCAUUGAAGAAUUAAAGGAAGAUUUGGAAUGGAAAAUGAUAUAUGUAGGCAGUGCAGAAUCUGAGGAGUUUGAUCAAGUCCUAGAUACUAUUUAUGUUGGUCCAAUUCCUGAAGGAAGACAUAUGUUUGUAUUUCAAGCUGAUCCACCUGAUGUUAGUAGGAUUCCAGUCAAUGAUGCUUUAGGCGUAACUGUUGUAUUGCUGACUUGUUCAUACAGAGGCCAUGAAUUUGUUCGCGUGGGUUACUUUAUAAAUAAUGAAUACACAGAUCCAGAACUCCGUGAGAAUCCACCUCCGCAACCACAAUUUGAUAAAGUUCAGAGAAACAUACUAGGUGAUAAACCGCGUGUAACUCGAUUUAAAAUAAAUUGGGACGACUGUCCGACUGGAACAGCAAACAAUCUUCCCGAAAGCAUGGAUGCACCAGCAUUAGAAGAUACAUCGCAAGAUGCACCCACGUCUACAUUAGGUUUUACAGAGAACACGCAAAAUGGUGGAAUGGAAGUGAUGUGAAAAAUGAUUUACUGCUGAUAAUUUGGUAAAUUAGCAUUAUAUAACAAUUUAAAUGAUAAAUGUAGUACCUGAAAGAAGAUGAAGAGGAAAAGUACACACUUGAUAUAUAUAUAAAUACAUAUAUUUAGAUAACUCCAAAAAAGCUGCGCAAAAUAACCUUUCAUAUAAUUAAUUGAUGUUUUCGUUCGAUAAGAUCUAAAAAGUUUGUACAUUUUGAAAAAGAACCAUAUGUUGAUAAUGUGAUAAACUUACACUUUAUGCCUGAAUAAAAAAGAAUAAUUAUUUGGA